UCUCCCUGGAGAAAGAGGGACUUUUGAAAGGGAGCCGGAGAGGGAGGCGCAGCAUCAGAGGAGGAGGUUGAAGUGAAGGGGUGGAUCUCUAUAAGAGCAGCUGUGUCCACGAAGUUGGGAGAAACCACACCAAGACGCAGGGAGGGAAUCAUACUCACAACUUCACCCCCCAAACCAGAUACAUCCCACUGCUGUAAGGAAAGCGUUAUUAGUGCUGCCUUUUGUGCCUUCAGGCAGCAGACGGUGGGACCAUGAGGACGGUGGUGGCUCUGCUGUUUCUCUGCCUGUGUGAUCCUGGACACAGUGACUGCCAGGCGGACUGUCUGUCCUGCAACAACAUCCUGUCCAAACAUCUCAGUUUUGACCCCACGGUAUGUCUCAUUGAAUGUGAGGGAAACCUCUCCCCUUCCUUCUACUGGAACUUCUGCCAAACAACCCUAACAUCCCCCAUUUCCACCAUCAACAGCAGCAUUAAGAAAAGAUCUCGAGAGGAAGCUGAAGCUCUGUUUCCUAAAGAAGACGAGCAGAUGGAGGAGGAUCUUCUCCUACCACUAGCAUUGCAAAGGUUUGAUCAUGUAACCCGGGCACUAGGCAUAAAUGAAAAGGACCUGGGUGAUGAGAGCAACCAGCUGAACACGGCCUACAAAUCCUUAAAUGCUUUGUCUCUUGAAAAUGAAUAUGACGAGCAGGAGGGAGAAGAUGCUAAUGUGGCAGGAAGAGAAAAAGGAGAUGCAGGUUUCUCCAAAAGGUUUGGCGGCUUCGUAAAAGGAAGACACGGCUACAGGAGGCUGAUGUCUCCAGGAAGAUCAUAUCAGAAGAGGUACGGCGGCUUUAUUGGCAUCCGGAAGUCAGCUCGCAAGUGGAACAACCAAAAGCGCUUCAGUGAGUUCCUCAAGCAGUAUUUGGGGAUGAGCACCCGGGCCACAGAGUUCAACAGCCUGUCAGAAGACCUCACCGAACAGAAUGAAGUUUAGGAGGAAACGCACAUUUAAAAAGCAUACCUAACCUUUUCACACUUCUCCAGUUUUGUUUUACAAUCACUAAAAAUUAAAAGCUUAAACUGUGAUGUCAAAAUUAACAAGUCAAAAUUAACAAGUCAAAUCUAACGUUCUUCAUAAAAACAACUUAAGAUGAAGGACUUCCAUUGAAAAUCAUGUUUUCUAAAGAAAUUAAAACGGAUUUGUUGGUUUUCCUUAUGUCUUAAGCUCCCACCAACUCAGCUUUAUUUUGUCAUAUUCGACUCCUGUUCAGCAAAUGCAACCUUGAAAUGUUAGGACUAAAGAUUCUAUCCGCCUCCUGUAUAACUAACAUUUAAACUCAAAUACAUUUUCUGUUUUAACCUUUUACCUUUGCUCACCAAAACAUUCCUGCUAAACAAUUGCAGACCCUUCUGCUUCACGGUACUGCCAUCUAAUGGUCAAAUGUACAAAUCGCUCUCUGUUCAAAACUGUUUUUUUUUUUUGUUUUUUGCUCACAUGUUGACAUCUUGACCAGAAACAUUUAAGCCGUACAUAAUGUAAAAUCAAAGAAAAAUACAAUUACAUGUAAAAAAAUUUCAGGGCUUCUCAUGUUAAAAACACACCUGAGACAGGCCUCAGUUAAUGCCUAAAAGACAGAGUAGACAUUUCAAAUUUAUAAUGAUUCUCUCACACUUGUGUUAAAUGGAGCAUUAUACUUGAUUGGCUCCUCUGUGUAAAUGUUGCUGGUCUGUAUGUGAAAGGAAAAAAAUAUGUAUUUGAACUGUAUUGAUGUGAAAUGUUUUUGUUGCCCAGUAUGUGAGACCUUGUAAAUAGCCGAAUCUAAACAUGUCAAUAAAUAUAGUUUACUAUUUUCUUUGUUGUUCGUCAUGCAGAAAAAAACAAUUCUGUGUCUUGAAGUGUUUUCAUUAAAAAAAAUUCCAUAGUGCUUUUUUAAAAAUCUUAUCCUUUUGUUGAACCAAUAGACUUUUGAAGUGAAGCCAUUAUUUAUUUCCUCAGCCAAAGCAAAGUCACUAAGUCUACAUGAACGUGUUUAUUUUGGUUGGGACAUUAAUAAAAGAGACAAACUGCAAAGCA